UUGAUAAUGUGGCCUAAAUUGUUAUGACACAUGUUAAUUUCAAUAAGUACAUUAUUUACUCAAAUAGUUGCACAUAAAUUCCAUGGCCCUGCCUUUUAACAUGAUAAAUUCAUGUCCCCUCCCACUGUCCCCCGCUUUCUUUUUUAAGAUACCUUUUAAAACUUGUUCAGUUCUUUGUCUUGACAGGAGCCAUGUGCUAACAAAGGAUGGAACAGAAAAAUGGAAGUUCUUUCACCGGGUUUAUCCUGCUAGGUUUCUCUGACAGGCCUCAACUGGAGCUAGUCCUCUUUGUGGUUCUUCUGGUUUUCUACACCUUCACUUUGCUGGGAAACUCAACCAUCAUUGCAUUGUCCCAUGUGGACCCACAACUUCACACCCCUAUGUACUUUUUCCUCUCCAACCUAAGCUUCCUGGACCUGUGUUACACUACCAGUAUUGUUCCCCAGUUCCUGGUUAAUCUCAGUGGAGCAGACAAAUCUAUCUCCUUCGGUGGGUGUGUAGUUCAGCUGUUCAUGUCUCUGGGGUUGGGAGGUACAGAAUGCAUUCUGUUAGCAGUAAUGGCAUUUGACCGCUAUGCAGCUGUUUGCAGGCCCCUUCACUACACAGUGAUCAUGCACCCUCGUCUCUGUGCCCUGAUGGCUUCUGCUUCAUGGCUCGUUGGUUUUGCCAACUCCUUAUUGCAGACAGUGCUCAUCUUCCUUUUACCACUUUGUGGCAGAAAUAAAUUAGACCACUUCUUUUGUGAGGUCCCUCCUUUGCUCAAUCUUGCCUGUGUUGACACCACUAGGAAUGAGUCUGAGCUCUUCUUUGUCAGUGUCAUCAUUCUUUUCAUACCUGUGGCAUUAAUCAUAUUCUCCUAUGUUCAGAUUGCCAGGGUAAUCUUAAGAAUAAAGUCUGCUGUAGGGCAGAGAAAAGCAUUUGGGACAUGUGGAUCCCACCUGACCGUGGUCUCCCUGUUCUAUGGCACAGCCAUCUAUGCUUAUGCCCAGCCCAGGAACAACUACUCCCAGGAUCAGGGCAAGGUCAUAGCUCUCUUCUACACCAUCAUUUCCCCCAUGAUCAACCCCCUGAUAUACACACUGCGGAACAAGGAUGUGAAGGCAGCAAUGAAGAAGGUGUUUUGGAAGGACUCUGACUCCAGAUGAUGGUGGGUGGAAGACAGUUCAAUGGAAGGACUCUGAAUGCCUGAGGUCUUAAGAUGU